CCAAGUGUACAACCACAGGCGCACCAAGAGCGCCCAUGCGCCAGGGUCUAUGCAACAGUCUGUGCUGAAUUGUGAGCAGAUGCUGCAGAGUCUGCAGGCCGAUGUCAAGGAAUUGCGUAAACGCGCCGAGCAUACAUAUUCCUUCUCAACACUAGUACUGAUGUCUAUUGUCAUGGCUGUGCUAAUGCAGACGGUGCUCGUAUUCGUCAUCAAUUAA